CGCAGAUUACAACCAGGAUUUAUCACAGAGAUUAAACCAUCUGCUUGAGUAAAAGUCUGCAAAAGAACAUGGAACUAAUUCAGAUCUUCAUCCUGGCUCUUGGCUUCGUGUCCGUGACCAUGCAUCGUUGCUAUAAAGAGGCAGAUCUGGAGAAGAAGGCGUUGAGGAGGCUGAAGAAGUUCCCACCCCCACCGAACACGACUCCCUCUCCGAACUCUCCCCCCGGCUGCCCGCUGGAGCUCUUCAAGAGGCCCGCCUCCGGGUCGGAGGAGGAUCGCUCCCUAACUCCCUGGAAAUACGUGACAAUAAACGACACUGAGUACUACCCCCACACGUACACCCAGGCCGUCUGCCUGUGCAAGGGCUGCAUCAUGUCCAAAGACGGCGAGGUGAUAGACAACCAGGACUACAACUCAGCUGAGGUGAACGGCUCCUGGGUGUUCAUGAAGAGGGAAAAAUGUAAGGAAGGCGGGUACAAGCUGAAGCCGGAGAGACGGGACGUGGCAGUGGGCUGCACCUGCGUAAGGCCGUCCUUGUCGCGCUGAUUCCCAAUCCCAGCAACUCCUGCGGACCUGGAGCUCAUGGCGGCACCACCUCUAUGAGGUUCUGAGGACAUAUUUAUUAUCUAUUUAUUUAACCAAGCUAUGAUGGGUUGGUCUCUCUUGCAGCUAGUGUGAAGCUCUGCAUAG